GUCCUUAUAACACUGAGACUUUUUUUCUGGAGAGAUUUUUGCAGGUAAAAAGAUUUGGAUAUUUAUUUCUGUGUGAUUUAUUAGCAGUUCUGGUGUUUCUGGUUAGAGCAAAAUGCUUGGACAUUUAAAGGGAAUAUGCUGACCUUAGACCUGCUAUGGACAUAUAGUUUUGUGGGAUCUUUUUAGUGCUCAAAAUAAGGAAAUUUCAGUGUAUCUUAUCAUGUUUAAGCUUAAAUGUUUAAGUUAUCAUGAUAAGAUUUUUUUCCUAGAGUUGUGUUGUGCACCUGUUGGAUAUUUAUCUAUUAAUGAUAUAUAUUUGGUGUUUCUUUAAAAUAGUUGUAGUCCCUUUCUUUGCUGUUUUUUUAUUCCUCUCUUGGCGUUCUUUUCUACCAGCAAAAAUGGUUUAUAUCAGGUUUUAUUAUUUCUCCAACUACCUGAUUCUGGAGAAAAAUGCUUGAAGCUUUAAAUUCGACAUGAAGCAAGAGAAGACUUUUUUUUAGUCUGCGGCUAAUUGUGCAUAAGGAUGACAUUUAAAGUUUUAAGAAGAUACUAGCCUGCUUGAAAGACAAAUUUUAAUUGUGCAUAAGGGUGACAAUUUUUUUAUGAUUGAAAGAUUUAACCUCCGUGCAUCCACGGGUUAAGCAGAUACUUCUCUUCUAUACUUGCCUGCAAUCUUGCCUCAAUUCUAUCCUCUAACUCUUCAAAACAGAUCCAUGCAACCUAUCUCAGAAGUCAUGAUUAAACCACACUAACAUCAGGCUCCAAAUUCCUUCCUUUUGAUUUGGACCAAUGAUAGAACACUAAUUCUGAUUAUAGGGGAAGUUUCAUUGAUUACACUGUUUAGUAGCAUAUUCCAGAGCCAAGGCUUCUAUAGAUAAUAUUUCUAGACUUACAAAAUACUCUAAACAUAACUUCUCCUAUCCUAUACUGUAAUUUAGAUAGAAACAUAACUAACUUCCCUUCUGACUAUAGAUUCUGUUAUUUAAUUCUCCUUCACACAGUAACUGCCCUACAUUGCAAUUCCAUUGGCCUUGUGGUUACUUUUGUGGAAUAAACAUUCUGAAUGGUCGGUUUUCCCAGCACAUGGUCCUCCCCUAUCCAAACUAAGUCAGGGGUUUUGUCCUAACAACUAAUCAAUUGUUGUCUAAUUAUGUUUUGGGUGCCAAGAAACUUGAGCUCCAUAUCAAAUUCUGGAGCACCUUCUAUUAAUCACUAUUUUUAUAAUUAUGCAACAUCAAAUUUCCUUAUUGAAAUUUCCAAUCCUCAGGAGGAAAGCUUGCAGAGGCUACAGAAACGUAUAGAUGUUCCAUAUGAUAGUUCUAUAGUUCAGCACCAGGAUGCACUUAGGGCUUUAUGGAAUGCUGCAUUUCCUGAAGAAAAACUCCAUGGCUUGAUAUCUGAGCAGUGGAAGGAAAUGGGAUGGCAAGGCAAGGAUCCAUCAACAUAUUUAGGGGUGGUGGUUUUAUAUCAUUGGAGAACUUUCUGUUCUUUUCUAGGAAUUUCCCGGAAUUGAAGGAGAAGAAGAAAUUAGCAUCAGCAAGAAGUAGCAUGUUGAAUUGAAGGAGAUGGAACUAGCAUCACAAGAAGGAAUUGAAGGAGGAUUAGAAAUUAGUAUCAGCAAGAAGUAGCAUGUGGAAUUGAAGGAGAUGGAAGUAGCAUCACAAGAAGAAAUUGAGCAGUUUUCGUUUGAGAGAGAAUGGAAAAAAUGAAGAAAUGUGAGCCAAGUAUAUAUUUGUACUCAUUUAUCUUUAUGUAAAAAACACAAUUAAUUAAUCAUUUUUUCCCUUAUUUUGUAUUAAAAUCCCAAUAUAUGUACUUUGGAGCAUUUUUUUUUCCAACUCCCACAAACGGUUGCUUGAUUUUAAAUAAAAA